AUGGAUAACCACACCGGACAAGAAGACUUUGUCCUCUUGGGCUUUCUGAUUGGAUGCAACGCAAAGAUUUUGGUGGCAGUGGUCCUCCUGGCAAUCUAUCUCUUGACACUGCUUGGCAACAUGUCCGUUUUGCUCAUCAUUGCCAUCACAACCCGCCUCCACACCCCCAUGUACUUCUUCCUUGCCAACCUCUCUUUGCUGGACUUUGCUUUUUCUACAGUGACAGUUCCCAGCUUCCUGAGGAACCUCCUCUCUGGCAUCCAGACCAUCUCCUUUGCCGGUUGCAUGGCCCAGUCCUACUUCUACUUCUUUCUGAGCACAGUGGAAUAUUUCCUCUUGACAUGCAUGUCCUAUGACCGCUAUGUUGCCAUAUGCAACCCCUUGCGUUACCCCGCCAUCAUGAACAGCCACGUGUGUGUCCAGGUCGUGUUGUUUUGCUGGGUGGGUGGGUUUUGCUCUGUCUUUUACCCGACGCUCAUAAUCACUAGGUUGUCUUAUUGCAAGUCAAACGUCAUCGACCACUUUUUCUGUGAUAGUGAACCUCUGCUGAAACUCUCAUGUACCGACACACGCCUGAUACAGCUGGUCACUUUUCUGUUGUCAUCUCUCGUCAUCCUCUGCUCUUUGGUUUUGACGGUCAUCUCCUACGCUUACAUCGUCUCUGCCAUUUUGCGUAUCCCCACGGGCGCAGGCCGAAAGAAGGCCUUCAACACAUGUGCCGCUCAUCUCACUUUGUUUCUAAUGUCUACAGCUGUCUCCAUCUUACUGUAUGUGAUUCCAUCUGAGAAAUCCUCUUUGGGGGCUCGCAAAAUCCCAGCACUACUCAGCAGUAUUGUCAAUCCAUUUCUGAGCCCCUUUAUAUACACUCUGAGGAAUGAUUUGUUCCAAGGAGUCCUAGUUGAGAUUUUUGGUCAGGGCAAAGCAGUUAUGGCUCAGAAGUUGCAGAAGUUGCUGGUGAAUCACGUGUAG